AUGAAGGUAACAAUUCUUCCACCUCGACGGCCGAAUCUCGAAGCCGACGAGAUCUCAGCCAUCGAAGCCCUCCUCAUGCUUGCUUCCGGCGUCGGCAGAGACUCUUCACCACCACCGUCGUCCGAUUCCACCGCCCUGACGACGAGAGUAAUUGCCUCCAAUCCGAACAAGAAGAUUCAUCACGAGUGUUCCAUCUGCCACAAGGGUUUCUCCACCGGCCAAGCCCUCGGCGGCCACAUGACCUCUCACCGCAAGAUCAAGAUCAAGAAGUCCUCUCACGGCGGCCCCUGCAACGCCGCCGCCCCACCAAUACCCAUCUUGACCAACAAGAAUAUCCCUAAGUGCGGCCAAAAGCGGAAACACGACAACAAGGACGACGAA